AUUGGCAUAGCAUCUAUAUCCACCAGCAUGCACGCGUCUCCUAUCCAUGUUCGUCGACGACACGCGAGCAUGGACAGCAUGGUCUGCGUCAUUCAUCUGGUGCUCGCUGUUUCGCUCGCACUGGCCGGCCCCAUCAUCGCCGGCGGCAGCACGGAGGAGGUUGGGCUAGCCCGCAAGCAGGCCGACGAGGCGUAUGCCGCACGGCAGAUGACGGCUCAAGCGACGACGACGGCGUCGACGAUGGGAAAGGAGGUGCACCGCCGCGUCCUCGGCAGCAUCAAUCCGUCCACACUCGAUCCUGACAAGCCAGCCUGCCUCGGAUCGUGCCCAGCUGCCGGUAGACCGUACACCGGCCGCGGCUGCCAGAAGGCGUACCAGUGCUCUAGCUGAACACCCACGGACACAUGCGUCGUUCGUCCCUACUCCAAUCAGGCAUCCUGUCCAGUGCAUUCGAUUUUUUAUUUUGUCAUUGUUUUUAAUUACCAUCCUUAUAGAGCCAACGCAUGAUGUGUACCGUUGCUGUAAACUGGACCAGCGCUACUUGUCCAAAACCUAAACACCAUUGGUUAUUGACAUUGUUCUGUUGCAAAUGGGCUUCCUAAGCUCCUUGAAAUGUACGGUGUCGAAUCAUCAAACCAAACAGAUUAGGACAGCAAAUGAACAAGGAAAGGUCAGGACGAUCAA